UGAAGCAGAAAAUAUUUUUGUACAAUUUGCCCUAUGUAUAGCUUUCCCUAGUUUCUUAGGCCUGCAGAACUUAUUCAUGAACAUCCUGACCGAUCCAGACUGAUUAUUGUAAUAUUGAUCGAGAACAUUACCAAGUUUUUUCUGUAGUGUGAAUUGAGUUGAAGUAAUAAAUAAAUUCAAACAUUUGAUUUAUUACAGUUGUGAAGAAAAAAAUCCUGGUAAAAGUUCAGAUUCAAAUUCAUCCAAUGCAACUCCAGAACAACCAUUCAUACCAUCUAAUAUGGAUGUUGUUGAAAUGUUUAAUAUUGUUAAACCCUACAUGCGCCAGUUAUUAGAAGAUACUAAUGCUGUAAGUGAAAUACAUUUAUAUUAAACAGAAUGGACCUAAGAAAUGGAAAAAUUUGAAAUAAAUCAAAAACAUUUAAAAUUGUUUUUCAAAAUGUAUUGUUAAUAACAUAGAAUAAAUAAUAUACCAUUUAGGGUUUAGAACAUUAAAAUAUUCUGUUCAGAAAGAUAUAUCUGCAAGAUGGUGUCCAUUUUUCUAGAAUGCAUUCCCGGAAUCAUGUGUAGAGCUUUAGCAUUACUCUUUGCAACUGUACAGCACUCGCCCAACAACACUUCUCUAGUUAAGGAAUCCAAGGAGAUAUUACUUAAAUUUCAAUAGAGAUGUUACAGAAUCAUUCAAAACCUCCAUUCACAAUUUCAGAAAUUCAUACUGAAGAACAAACACCAUUUUAAUGUUAUUUUUAUCUGAACUUAAUAUUUUAGUAUUUUAAACCUUAUAUAAUAUAUUAUUUUAUUAACAAUAAAUAUUGAAAAAGAAUCUUAAACUUUUGUAACAGUUAAUUCAAAUUUUUCUUGAGCCUACAAUUCAAUUUGUUAUUUCUAAUGAAUAUAUUUUUCAGCUGAAAAUGUGGGUAUCCUUAUUAAUUCCAAAAAUCGAAGAUGGUAACAAUUUUGGGGUAGCUGUUCAAGAAGAUACUCUUGCUCAAAUCCAACAUGUUGAAGCUGAAGUUGCCAGUUAUCUUGAACAAGAGUUUCAAUAUUUAGUAUCUCGUGGAAAUUUAAUAGCCAAGGUUAAUAUUUAUCUAGAUAUUUCAGUAGUAGUAAUACAAGUUUAAUAAAUAAUAAUUAUCAAUACCACAUAUGUGUCAUACAUAAAUGACUGGUUUUCUAGCUAUACAAAUAAUCAUUUCAUAUAUUCAAUAAUAACUUUACCUACAAAUUUAUUCAGAGUGGAGUUUUUUAUACAUGUUUGACAGGUGUAAUAUUGUUAAUGUUCUGUUAAAAAUUAAAUCUUAAAACAAUUAUAACAAAAUCACCAGUAUGUUUUGAAAAUUUGUCCAUGAUCAGAAAAGGCUAAUACAAGGUGAUAUUUUUUUAUCAUGAACCAGAAAUUUUCUUACAGUUGUCAAUUAGAUCAUAAGUAAUUCUGUAUGUAUGAAUUCUAUGUGGAUUCAGCUCUCAACAACAAUUUUCAACCAAUUCACAACAUAAUAAUUAUAUUGAAAACAACAAAAAUAAAAUGUUAUAAUUUUUAAACUGUUGUUCAUGUUUUAGGUGGUGAAAUAUCUCUAUGUAGAAGAUUAUAAACGAGCUAUAGAUGAAUUAGAUGAAAGAACUUAUGUAUCCAUGGCCAUUGCCAUGCAUGAAGUACGCAAUCAUUAUACUACAUUGCAUGACAUUGUG